UUAACUGGUUGCUAAGUAUUUAUUUUGUCAUGGAAACAAACAUAAAUAUUAAAUCGAUAGUACUCCAACUUUGACCUCUAACUUUGAUCAUCAUCAAAUAUAUUCUGCAAUAUAAUGGCUUCUUAUAAAGACGGCGAUUAUCUGUCGUUCGGUGACAAAAACUUCGGUUUGACAACUAUGAAAAACUGGGAUAGACAUAAUAGAGAUGUGUUAAAAGGAGACAUAAUUGGUAUAACCGAUAAUAACACGUCUAUUACCAAAAACUGCAUCAUAAAGGUAAACCAAACUGCCUGCAACGAUUUCAGCGACAGCACUGAUCAGUUGAAGCAUAGAACUCGACAUAUAAACUAUUGGAAAUCGGAAUUAGACCGAGCUAUUCAAGACAUCGAUGCAGAAAUAAAUGCUUUAGAAGCUCUAAGACAACAACUGAAAAACGCAAUGGAUACAAUUAAUAUACCAGAAUAUGUAACUGAAGAAUGCCUCCAUCAGAGAACUAACAGAAUGCAAUCUGACAUGGUCUACGACGAACCACAGGACGAACUAUUUAAAGAAUCCGUGCUCAUUGAAAACGUAAAGAGAUUGCAUCGGGAAAUGUUACGCGACAUCGAAAAUCAAAUGAGGAUGAACGUAACCGCAAAGCAUGCAUUGGAACGAGACUGGAGCAACAAAUACUUGGCAUUUAAAUACGAGAGCCACAACUCGGAUUUAGAAACGAAAUCUAAUAACGUUAAAGAUUCAGCUGGAGCCACGAGACUGUCUGAAGGACAAUCCAAUGUGCAGUCGUGGGAACAGUAUACUGUUACAACUUUAGAACAAUUUAAAACCGCCAUAGACAGGUCUAAAGCGUUGCGGGAAAAAGUUGACGCAGUAUUGAUCAAUUCUGCAAGAGAUUUACGUUCUCAAGACAUAAGAGUUAAUAAGGCGUUAAGCCAGAGAAUAGCUCGAACUGAGCAAGUGAAAAUCGAAUUGGAGAAUCAGUUGCGUUUGACCUUGGACAAGAUUGUUGAAGCUGAAAAUAUAUUGGAAACGUUACACGAAGAAAUGUUAAAAGUUUCGCAAAGGAUUCAAGUGGCUCAAACGAGAUUAAACAUUAAAAACUGCAGACCAAACGUUGAAAGUUGUAGAGAAGGAUCUUUGAUAGGGUUGAUUGAGGAGGUAAGGGAUUUAAACGACAGUAUGAGUCUGUUGCAGAAGAGGUCUUUAGAAACAGAGAAAUUGAGAGCCGAUUUGAUACACGAACGUUCAAGACUAGAAAAUGAAAUUAUAGUAAAAAAGAAGACUAUUUAUUUGGACAAUGAGAGAUGUUUGUUUUUGAGAUCACAUUUCCAAUCUGCUGAAAAGUUGUGUGGUUUUUAGAUAUUUUUAGAAUUUUUAUUUUAUUACC